AUGCUUCAUUUCAAGCAAUCGCCGGACAAACCUCGUCCACCUCCUGUCGGUAACAACACCACCUCGGAACCCCCAUCCUUGACAGCUAUGCAUGAUUCCCCCAACCCCCUCGGUCCAGUGGUGGUGUUUAUCGCCCGAGCCUCAAACCUGAAGGAUCACAACUACCCAAAUGCAGAAAUGAACAGCAACCAAAUGCACGAAUACCUGCGCUCACUGCUUGUAAUCACCCUCGCCGAGCACCGUAAACAGUUCGGUUUCCUGGGCGUCCGUCCUCACAAGAUGCAGACCAUCAUCCAGCCCGCCCACAGCCGGAUCCGAUCCAACGGCCGAGUCAGCAAGUAUCUGGGAAUGGCUCUCGAAGAAGCCCGCACAUGCAAGACUGAGUGCAUCUUCGUCAUAUACGGCUGGGAUGGCUGGACAACUGACAAAAUGAAUAUCAUUGAGCUAUGCGAGAAGUUCCACGAUGUCCCUUUUUACUUCCACGUUUAUGCGAACCGUGGCACGCCUCGUGAGUUCUACGAGGUCAAUGCCCACAAGGUCAACGCGUGCCUCAGACAGAGGGUUAAUGCGGAUGAUCCGACGGUUGUUGGGGAUGGUUCGACGGCGCUCUACAUUCGCAUCCUGGAGACCCUACCUCCCUUGGAACUUGGCAAUUCUCACCCUGAUCUUUCGGUGGUGGAAAAGGAUGCUCUUUCCAAGUACGAUAAGCGGUUCGCUGGAGUUUACGAGAAUCAAGCGGAUGCUCCAAAGCCUGGCGUGACAUCGAUCUAUGAAGCAUGGCAUUGA